UUAAUCCUCUAAUUAAGUUUGUCCAGAUGUAAUGUAUGCUCAACUGCAUUUGGAUAGUACCAUGGAAGUACUCCAUAAAUAAAAGCUCCAGAGUAUAAUGAUAAGUCUGUAUCAUCAUAAUCUCAUUUUCACUAAAACUUUCUUAACUCUCUUCCUAUGAAUUACCUUCUUAUGAUACUUCUCCUUGUGUUUUCCCUGAGUUGCGGUACUAGUACUAGUUCGACGACAUCCCAAGGGAAUGACAGUGGUUUUCAGCGUCCGGCGUUAUAUAUUCUAGGGGAUUCCUUGGUUGAUGUUGGUAACAAUAACUACAUUCAUUUUACCAUUACUAAAAACAAUUUCCUUCCUUACGGAAUUGAUUUCCCACGAGGAAAAAUUUCUACCGGACGUUAUUCCAAUGGAAGAACAGUCAUUGACAUAAUAGGAGAAACGUUUGGUUUGGAAGACUAUAUUCCUCCUUACAUGGAUCCAACAACAAUUGGAGAUGUCGUUCUUCGCGGAGUUAAUUAUGCGUCUGGUGGUGGUGGAAUUCUUAAUGAAACUGGCGCUAUCUUAGGAAAUCGUAUCAACAUGGAUGCACAGCUCGAUAACUUCGCAAAUACAAGGAACUAUAUAAUCUCUACGUUAGGUGACCAUGGUGCGAAUGAAUUUCUUGCGAAAGCUCUUUUCAUCGUGGUCAUGGGUUCUAAUGAUUUCAUUGACAACUAUUUCAUUCCAUUUCUCUCAAUACCGGAGCAGAAGUUGCUUACGCCGAAAAUGUUUGUUGAUAUAUUGAUCUCAAGAUUCAGACUCCAACUAACAAGACUGCAUGAAAUGGGUGCAAGAAAGAUAGCUGUGGCAAACGUUGGACCUGUUGGUUGCAUCCCAUUAGAAAGACGUAUAAAUGGAAUUUUGAAUAAAACAGAAUGGCAUACGAAAAGUGAUUCGUGCAUUAGUGAAAUGAAUGAUGCGGUGAUGUACUUCAACAAGAAAUUGAAUAGCCUGGUCAUGGAGUUGAACUCAGAAUUUGUUGAAUCCAAAUUCCUAAAUGUUGAUAUCUACGGCCUUUUUACCCAUGUUAUUGAUAACUAUCAAUCUUACGGCUUUGAGAAUUAUAAAGAUUCAUGUUGCCAAACACUUCCCGGCCCAUUGCGAGGUUUGUUACCAUGCAAUCCAAAGGGGAAGGUUUGUGAAGACCGAUCCAAGUAUGUGUUUUGGGAUGAGGCUCAUCCAACUGAUGCUACUUAUUCCGUUUUUGCAAAGAAGUUGCUCGAGCGCAAUUCUAAAUAUGUAUACCCAUAUAGUAUUCAACAAGUCUAUUACGCGUGAGCCACGCACUGGUUUACUACUUGCAGUGCUCUAGAUGGAAAGUAAAUCUGUAAAUUGUUGUUGAGAGCUCAUCUUCCGGUACUUAUUCACUAAUUUUUGCCAAGAUACUUCAUUUCAACAAAUAGAAAUACUUUCUGGUACUUAUCUACAACAAGUGUAUUUAAUUUUUAUGGUCUACGGUAUCACUUGGCGUUCACCUAGGCUCAAC